AUGUCAGUCAAGCGGGUCCUGGUCAUCGCAGGUUCUGACAGCUCAGGCGGCGCUGGUCUCGAGGCUGACCAGAGAGUCCUGGCCGCCCAUGGCGUAUAUGCCCUCACGGCUACGACAGGACUGACCGCACAGAACACUCUCGGUGUGCAGGACAUCUUUGUCGUACCCGCGGAGUUUGUCAAAAAGCAAAUCAAUGCCGGUCUCGAGGAUAUUGGUACAGAUGUAGUCAAACUAGGCAUGCUGUCGUCCGCCGAGACGAUUGAUGUCAUCGCCGAAACGUUGCAAACCCACCGGGUUCCCGCCAUCGUUCUCGACCCAGUCAUGGUAUCUACCAGUGGGUCGCAACUAUUACCAGAGAAGGCCGUGAAGGAGCUGCGAACAAAGCUCCUCCCGAUUACGACCGUCCUGACUCCCAAUAUUCCCGAGGCACAGCUUCUGAUCAAGGACUCCGGCGCCGAAGCUCCAGAGCCUGCUGACCUAGCUGGAUUGAUUUCACUCGCCAAGCAAUUACGCUCGCUAGGCCCCAAGGCAGUUCUGCUAAAGGGUGGUCACAUGCCUCUCACCAAAGAUCACAAUAUUGCCCAGAACCCGCAAGACGCCACUACAGUGAUCGAUGUUCUCGUCGAUGGAGGAACAACGACUCUGUUUGAGACCGAAUACCUGAUCUCUAAAAAUACACACGGCACUGGCUGCUCGCUAGCUUCGGCAAUUGCAGCCAAUCUGGCCCAAGGAAAGAAUAUGGUCCGCGCUAUUCGCAAUGCCGUGCGGUUUGUUGAAGCGGGUAUCAAAACGAGUACUGAUUUGGGCAAAGGAAGCGGGCCCAUCAACCAUUUCCAUUCGAUUUACACCAUGCCCUUUGCUCCUGGCCGAUUCCUCGAAUACAUACUGGACCGCCCCGAUGUUCAACGGUCUUGGGAGAAAUUCACCCACCACGAAUUCGUUGAUGGUAUGGGUCAGGGUACACUUCCGGUCGAGCGGUUCAAGGAAUACCUUAUACAAGAUUAUCUCUACCUGGUUCAAUUCGCUCGAAGCAACUCACUGGCCUCUUACAAGGCGAAGACCAUGGAGUCGAUCGCAGCAUCGGCCCGCAUUGUAUUGCACAUUCAACGAGAGAUGGCUUUGCAUCUAGACUACUGUGCUUCGUUCGGCCUUUCUAAGCAAGAGAUGGAGGCUCAUCCGGAAACUAUCGCAUGCACUGCGUACAGCCGAUACAUUCUGGACGUGGGCCAGUCAGAGGACUGGCUUGCGCUGCAGAUGGCCUUGGCACCGUGUCUGAUCGGAUAUGGAGCCAUUGCCAGACGAUUGUAUUCCGAAGAAGGUACACUUCGUGAGGGCAACCAUUACUGGAAAUGGAUUGAGAACUAUGUCGCCGAAGACUACACCGAGGCUGUACGCCUUGGGUCCCAACUUUUGGAACAACACAUGCAGAAGGUCUCCCCGAGUCGCAUGGAAGAAUUGAUUCAGAUCUUUAUCCGGGCGACCGAUCUAGAGAUCAGUUUCUGGGAUAUGGGUUUGAGCGACCGGAAGUUGUGA